CUCCCCCCCACCUCUCUCCCCCCCCGCCCCGCGCGCGUUUGGUUGGGGCCGCUUCGGGUUGGGAAAGCCGCGCAGCGUUGGGAAUGCCGCCGGAAUCGACGCAGAAAGAGCGCAGACCGGGAAAAAUUCAUUAGGUUGUGCUGCUGGAGCUUACCAUCAAGAGAGGAUCUUAAGAGAAUGCAGUAGAAGGGGGGGGGGGUGGAGGAUACGCCUGACAGGGAACUUUCUCCACCCCCUCUGCAAAGGAGCAUCUUUGGGAACCUCCCUGCCUGUGCCCCCCCCCUCUCUCUCUGUGGGGAAGAUCUUGCAUUGCACCACUUUACUUUUCGAAAGGAUUCCAACUCGGCUGACAUCAACAGAGGCGGCCUACUGCUUCCUGGAUCGAUGCUGUAACUUUGGCCUCUUCUCCUCCUUUGCCGCGCCUGCCAAAGGCAUCUGGAUGAGCUCAGAAACCCCAUGCCAAUUCCCCGUGGGCGGGCCUGGCCUGCACAUGGUGCCUGGGUUUUUGUGACUCGGGCAGCCUGCCCACCGAGGGAGAGCAGAGGCCGCAGAGAGGCACAGGAAGGCAGGCAUGGAGGACUCUGACCAGCGCUUGGUGCUGGGCAUGAACAUGGGGGAUGGGCGGCAGACGCCUCCGGGGCAACUGCAGACCCCCUCGGAAGGCAACGAGGAGCAGCGGGUGCCUGGGCCGGAAGCCAUGUGUGAUGGUAGUGGCGAUGCCAAGAAGAAAGAAAAUGAGGAAGAAGAAGAGGAGGAGGAGGAGGAGGAGGAAGAGCUUGACCCUCGGAUUCAGGAAGAGCUGGAACAUCUCAAUCAAGCCAACGAAGAAAUCAAUCGAGUGGAAUUGCAGCUGGAUGAGGCCCGCACCACAUACCGCCGGAUCUUGUCUGAAUCCGCUAGGAAGCUGAAUGCCCAGGGCUCCCAACUGGGGAACUGCAUCGAGAAAGCGCGCCCUUAUUACGAAGCCAGGCGCUUGGCCAGGGAGGCCCAGCAAGAGACUCAGAAGGCUGCCCUGCGGUAUGAACGAGCCGUGAGCAUGCACAACGCGGCCCGGGAAAUGGUUUUUGUGGCUGAGCAGGGAGUCAUGGCAGACAAGAACCGGCUGGAUCCCACCUGGCAGGAGAUGCUAAACCAUGCCACCUCCAAGGUGAACGAGGCCGAGGAAGAGCGCCUGCGCAGCGAACGGGAGCACCAGCGGGUCACCCAGCUCUGCCAGCAGGCUGAGGCAAAGGUGCAGUCACUCCAGAAGUCCCUCAAGCGAGUGAUUCUGAAGAGCAAGCCCUACUUUGAGCUGAAGGCUCAGUUCAACCAAAUCCUGGAGGAGCACAAGGCCAGGGUGACGUCCCUAGAGCAGCAGGUCGCCCAGGCCAAAAUGCGCUAUUCCGUAGCCCUGCGCAACCUGGAGCAGAUCAGCGAGCAGAUCCACGCGCGGCGGCUCCAACGCUUGGUAGGACGGCGCGCUUCCCCAGUUGGUGCUGAAGCCAGCCCGGCGCUGCUGUACGGUGGGAUGGUGCUACCUCCUGAGCCUGUUGCCUCGGCCGACACACUCUCGGUCCUCAGCUUCCAGACCAUUGCCUCUGACCUGCAGAAGUUUGACUCGGUUGAACACCUGCUCGGCCUGUCUGAUGCUGCCAGUCUCAACAGCGAUGAGCUGGAGGAAAGGGAGCAGCGGCGGAUGGCUCAGCCCCACCCCUUUAAGCACCACCGCAGCAUCAGCCUCUGACCUGCCCGUUCUCCCGCCGCCCCUUUUAAGUCCCGGCCUUCAGAAGAAGCGGGGGAAGUGCUGGUUCCCUGGCAUUAGGAGAAGUUGCAAGGGGAGGCAUGGAUUCCACAGCGCAGGGGUCUCCAACCUUGGCAACUUUAAAGACUUGUGGACUUGUGAAAGCUCAGCAAAGCAAAGCUGGCUGAGGAAUUCUGGGAGUCCACAAGUCUUAAAGUUACCAAGGUUGGAGACCCCUGCCAUAGUGGUUUUUGGCCUCAUCCAUCUGCAGCGUUGAUUCCCCACCACCACUCUGUAGGUGCAAAUCCCAGAUUGAUUCCCCACCCCCCACUCCAUAGGUGCAAAUCCCAGAUUUUCUGCCCUUUUAAUCUCCCCACCUCAGGGGUUCAAAUCCAAGUCCCAGGUCUUGGUUGUUGUUGUUUUUUUUUGGAGAUUUUAGCAUUCUGAAUCCCACCUUACCUGAUCUAUCAAGCUGCCAUCUCCCCAAGCAUGCCCCUCUUCCCUGGGAGCAUUGCAUGCCGGAAGUAACUUUGCAACUUUGCACUUUUAUCCUGGCUUGUUGGAUCCCUGGUGAUGUACCGGUAGUUAUUCUCAGCUGCUGGAAGGCUGGUCUAGAAGCCGAGAGAAAGAAAGAGAGAGAGAGAGAGAGAGAGGUGUGGGAGGGAAGCAGCUUUGCUCCCUUUAAUCUUUCUUUGGGGGGGGGGAGAGGAAUAUAGGUGGGCUCUAGAGCUAUUAUGUAGAGAUGCUCCCCCCGCCACGCCUCUCACUGCAUUUGAGAGAGUACUGCCCACGCUGCUUUCCCGCAAGGCUAUAGAUGACAAUAAAUGGCUUGUUUAAAGAAGAACUCUGGUGCUCCCACAGGGCUGCUCAUUACCACCCAUAACUGACAAGGCAUGCUAUUUGUCCCUCCUUUGCAACAGAGGACACACACACACACACACACACACACACACACACACACACGCAAGAUGGCAGCCAUCCACCUCUUUCUAGCUUCUCCUGAGCUAGAGACCCGCCGUCUUGCCUCAUUGCAAAAUCCAAUGGAGAAACUGGUACUGCGGUGGUACUGUCCAGCCCUCCCUGGAGAAAAAAGAGAUGUGGGGCAGGAGGUUCCUUCCACCCGAAAGGCCCCACCUACCCAGUACCCUCUCAGCACAACCCUUCCUGCCGCGUGUUCUUCUAAUCUUCCAAUCGUUUGCACUAGCAGGUGGCAAAAAGAGGGGACUGGGUUUUUUCUUCCUUCUGUUUUCCAGCAGUCCCCCGUCCCCCCGUCUUUCCAUGCCUUUUUCGGCGGGUGGGUGGGGGGCGGGCAGGUUAGGGAGCAGUUUCUGCCACUCUAAACAAAUUUGCUGGACUUUGGCUGUGAUGAGAACUUGCCGGUUUGAGGCAGCCAUACAUACGGCAACUCUGUACAUGUUUGUGUGCGUAUGUGUGUGUGUGUGUGUGUGCGUGCGUGUGUGCGCACGCGCGUGGAUGUGUGGAAGUUUGUAUGACCGGCUUAUGCUGUGUAUUUUAUUUAAAGUAAAAUUUAUGCCCUAUCAA